CUACUCCCUCUUCCUUAUUGGUCAAUGCUGAUUUCCAUGGUACGGCCCAAUAAUACAAACCUUGAGAUAACAAUUGAAUGAAUGAAACCACUACCACUAUCAGCAACGCAACAAUUAACAACAAUUUCACCCACACCAAUUUCAACAAUCUCAUCAUAAUCAAUGGCUGAAACCGUGCUUUCUGUCGUCCUCCCUUUGCUCAUCGAGAAGUUGGUCUCUGAAACUUCGAAUGGCAUUGCUCGCUACAAGGGAAUUGAUGCCGAGAUUGAGAAAUGUCAGGACUCGUUAAAACUAAUCCAAGACGUGCUUACUGAUGCUUCUCGGAAGGAGAUAAGCAAUCAAGCUGUUAAACGUUGGCUGACUGAUCUCCAGCAUUUGGCUUAUGACAUCGAUGACGUACUCGAUGGUUGGGCAACCGAUGCUAUGCAUCGUGAGUUCACCACCCACGAGUCAGAAGGCAUGACCAGCAAGGUAAGAAAGCUGAUCCCAAGUUGUUGCACAAACUUCUCACCAACUAUUAAGAUGCAUGACAAGUUAGAUCGUAUUAACGCCAAGUUAGAACGUCUAGUUAAGCAGAGAGAUGAUUUUGGUUUGAGUGUGGGAGGGGAAACUAAGCCAAAAAAUAAUAAUAGAAGAUUCCAAUCCUCUGUUGUUGAUCCAUCUAGUAUUGUUGGACGCCAAGCUGACAAAGAGGCAUUGCUCCAACAGUUAUUGUUACCGGCGGAAGAACCAUGUGAUCGAAACUAUAGCAUUGUUCCCAUAGUUGGUAUGGGUGGGGUUGGGAAAACUACUCUCGCUAGACUUUUGUAUAAUGAAAAAAAAGUCCAGAAUCACUUCGAACUCAAGGUGUGGGUUUGCAUAUCGGAUGAGUUUGAUAUCUUUGUUAGAAGCAAAGAGAUCUUUAUAGCUUUUGGAGGGGAGGUAAAGGAGGAGCAUACAAAUUUCAAUAAGCUUCAAGAAGCUCUUAGAGAUCACCUAACAAGAAAAAAGUUUUUAUUGGUGUUAGAUGAUGUGUGGAGCGAGAGUCGUGAGGAUUGGGAAACCCUCGUCAGGCCAUUUUACGCAUGUUCUCCAGGAAGUAAAAUCAUCAUCACAACACGGAAGGAUAACUUGCUCAAAAAUCUGGGUUUCCAUCCUCUAAACAAGCAACUGGAGCGCCUGUCAUAUGAUGAUGCUUUGUCCUUGUUUGCUGUUCAUGCUUUAGGCGUAAGAAAUUUUGAUUCACAUUUGUCACUUAAACCACAUGGUGAAGGCAUUGUGAAAAAAUGUAAUGGGUUGCCUUUGGCAUUGAUCGCACUUGGGACAUCACUGAGGACAAAAGAAGAUGAAGAUUCAUGGAAGGAAGUGUUAGAAAGUGAGAUAUGGAAAUUACCGGUUGAAGAUGAAAUCAUCCCCGCCCUAAGACUAAGCUACCAUGAUCUUUCGGGACCUUUGAAGCAGUUGUUCGCAUACUGCUCCUUGUUUCCCAAAGACUUCCUGUUUAACAAGGAAGAGCUGGUUAUAUUAUGGAUGGCAGAAGGGUUCUUGCACCAGCCAACUCGAAGUGAUUCAACAGAAGAACACUUGGGCCAUGAAUUCUUUGACGAGUUGUUGUCAAGGUCAUUUUUUCAACAUGCACCUAAUAAUGAAUCGUUGUUUGUGAUGCAUGACCUCAUGAAUGACUUGGCAACAUCUGUUUCUACUGAGUUUUUUUUAAGGUUAGACAAUGAGCACGAGAAGAAUAUUAGGAAGGAAACGUUGGAAAAGUACCGACACAUGUCAUUUGUUCGUGAGGAAUAUGUAGCUUACAAGAAGUUCGAGGCAUUUGAAAGAGCCAAAAGUUUGAGGACAUUCUUGGUAACGUCUGUUGGGGAGGUAGAAAGUUGGCGAGAUUUCUACUUAUCCAAUAAGAUUCUCACCGACUUGCUUCCCGAGGUACCACUACUAAGGGUUCUAAGUUUGAGCGGCUUUCAAAUAAGUGAGUUACCGGAGUCCAUUGGUACUUUGAGGCACUUGAGAUAUCUUAAUCUAUCUCGUACUUGGAUCAAUCAUUUACCGGAAACUGUUGGAAAUCUCUACAAUUUACAAACAUUGAUCUUGUUUGGUUGUAAUAACUUAACUAAGUUUCCCAACAGUUUCCGAAAGCUUACAAACCUACGGCAUCUUGAUGUUGGGGACACCCCGCUUUCGUUUCAGAUGCUGUUAGAGAUUGGCAAGAUGGAAAGCCUAAAAAUUACUCUCUCGAAAAUCAAAAUCGAAAGUGAAAGCGGAAGUGAAAUAGCCAAACUUAAAGACUUUAAGAAUCUAUAUGAAAAAAUUUUCGUUGUAGGUUUGGAAAAAGUGCAAAAUGCAACCUAUGCAUAUGAGGCGAACUUUUCACAAAAGAAGCUUAGUAAGUUGGAGCUUAUAUGGAGUGAUGAGCUACGUGAUUCACGAAAUGAAAUGCUUGAAAAGGCGGUCCUAAAUGAGUUGAAGCCUUGUGAUGAUAAGUUAAUACAACUGCAAAUCAGGUCAUACGGGGGAAAAGAAUUUCCAAAUUGGGUUGGGGAUCCCUCGUUUCUUCAUUUGAAGCAUGUGUCAAUAAGGGGUUGUAAGAGAUGUACAUCUCUACCGCCACUUGGGCAGCUACCGUCUCUCAAGAAGUUGGUUAUAGAAGGCUUACAUAGAGUGGAAGUUGUGGGUUUUGAGUUAUUUGGGGCUGGUUGCGCAUUUCCUUCACUUGAAAUUCUGAGUUUUGAUGAUAUGCCUGGGUGGAAGAAAUGGUCAGGGGCUGUGUUUCCACGCUUGCAAAAGCUUGAAAUAAAAGAUUGUCCUAAUUUGGUUGAAGUCACACUUGAAGCACUGCCUUCAUUGAAUGAUCUAAGCAUAUGUGGAUGCGAUAGUGGUGUGUUAAGAAGUCUGGUUAAAGUAGCAUUAGCAGUCACCAAGUUGGAUAUAAGACGUAUUUCAGGGCUUAAUGAUGUGGUGUGGCAAGGUGUUAUAGAGUAUCUUGGGGCAGUAGAAGAAUUAAGCAUAAAGAGAUGUAAUGAAAUAAGAUACGUGGUGAAAUCAGAUGCAGAUGCAACUAAGAUUCUUGUGAAGCUGAGGAAACUGGUUGUGUGGCAUUGUGAUAAUUUGGUGAGUGUAGGAGAGAAAGAGGAGGAGGAGGAGGAUAAUUGUAGGAGCAACCUCCUAACAUCUCUUAGGAUAUUAAUAGUGUAUAAUUGUAAGAAUAUGGAGCGUUGCAGCUGUCCAGAUGGCAUUGAGGAGUUGACUGUUGAGGGUUGUAGUUCAAUGACAGUUGUGUCAUUUCCAAAAGGAGGACAGGAGAAGCUCAGGUCACUUACAAUAUGGAAUUGCAGGAACCUAUUGGAAAAGGAGUGGGAGUGGGGAGGACAAAAAACGAACAACAACAGAAGCAGCAGCAUGCCCAUGCUUGAACAUGUAUGGAUAAGAGAUUGGCCAAAUCUGAAAUCAAUCGUUGAAUUGAACUGCUUGGUUCACAUCACUGAAUUGUUUAUACACGAUUGUGAGAGUCUUGAGUCAUUUCCGAACAAUUUGACGUCGUUAGAGAAACUGGUAAUAAGAAAUUGUCCCAAAUUGGAUGUUUCCUUUGUUGGUGAAAAUUUGAGGUCGUUGGAGGAACUAAGUAUAAUCAAUUGUUCAAGUAUGGAUUCUCCUUUUUUGAGUUGGGUUUGGCCUCCCAAUUUGCGUUCCUUAGAAAUAGGAAAGUUGAAGAAGCCCUUCUCAGAGUGGGGUCCACAGACAUUCCCAACUUCACUUGUGAAACUAUCCUUAUACGGUGGUGGUGAAGAUGGAGCUGGUAGUUGUAGUGAAUUUUCUCAUCUUCUUCAUUCAUCUCUUACUUCUCUUCAAAUACAUGGAUUUGAGAAAUUGGAAUCAUUUACAACGGACCUCCAUCACCUCCAAGAUCUCUCUUUUUGGUAUUGCCCUAAUCUGAAGAAAGUGUCUUCACAUCCCCAACACCUCACCUUCCUCCACCAUCUCACUUUUUACAGAUGCCCAAAGAUGAUGGAUCUACCAGAACUGCUGUUGCCUUCACUCUUGAGUUUAAACAUCAGGGAUGAUUGCCCAAAACUGAAAGAAAGAUGCAGUAAAAAGGGGAGUUACUGGCCCCUCAUCUCCCAUAUCCCCUAUAUCUACAUACUAGGAAGUUAAAACGAAGACUCAAUCGUGAUAGGAAGCAUUCUACAAGAGAUUUAUCAACACUCACAACAGGGAGCAAAACCUUAGAUUUGAUUUAAAGAUUACGCUGUUGGGUUCACUUUUUUUUUUCUUUUUGUGGAUACCAAUUAGUGAUUUAUGCAUUGUUAAUGGUAGAUGUGACGAUUUCAACCUUCUAUUAUAAAAGAAUCGGAUGUAUUUUGCUGGUAAGGUGUUGCUGCAUCUUAGUUGUGUUUCUGCAUCUAAUGAAUGAUUCAUCAGACUGUGUACCAAUAUUC